AUGCAAGUCUUGUUCACGUAUAUUAUGCUUGUAUUAAUAAUAGUUUUAAAUAUCAAAAUUGUAAUGGCUAAUAAAGAUCGAGAAGCAUUCACAGAUUUAUUACAAAAAAGAAAACAUUUAAAUGGAUAUUGGGUUGGUAAACGAGCAAAUAUGGAUGAAGAUAUAUACGAUACUGAUGCUGAAACUGUGCAUCCUGUUGAACUACUUGAUAGUGAUCAUUUCGCAGCUAAACGCUCAUCUUACUUAAUUGGAAAACGUGGAACUUAUUUAGUAGGACGAGACACAGAUAAACCUGCUUCUUAUCGAUCAAAUGGCCAUGUUGGAAUCUGA